CAGGCUCUGGAAUUGAUUGACAGCGCGUGCGGCUGCGUAUUGACCAGCCCACCACUUCCAGCAUGGUGGAGUCUGGUCCAACCAUUUUUACUCACCUUAGCUUCUUGUGAGCGCAUGAAAUUUUCAUGCACGUGAAAUUCUAGCGAGUGUAAGGACGUUGUGAGCGGGCUGUGUCGCCAUAUUUAUUUUGUAUGAAAACUUCAUGAGUUUGAUUACGGAGUACUCUCCCCUUCCUUACCACUCUCCUAUCUAUUGAGUGUGAAUAUUUUUUUUGUCGUUUUUUUUUUUGAAGGGGGAUUAUAGAGUGCCUUCUCGAUAGCAGCCCCCAAAAGAUCAAACGCUGUAACGUUGCACGCAAUUCUACCGUCAUUGAUUGAAACAUAUUAUGCAUGCCGAGGUAUCUGUUGAACGAUUAAUAGACUCAUCCUUUUUUCAGUGAAGGAAUUCAAUAUUCGUUUUGCGUCUUUUGACAACAAAUCUUGGCGACGAAAACUUUUAAAAGUGAAAAGUGUUUGGAUUCUGUAAAACCAGUGUUUGUGCAGACAUUUUCCAGGAAAAAAAGUGUAUAUUAAUUGUAUGUGUACAGUGUUACUUUAAAAAUCGGAUCUGUUUAGUAGGUGGUAAAACCGCAAGCUACAUACAUCUAUAUCAACAUCUUCAAAAAAAAAAAAAAAGGCGUGACUUGGAUUUUUUCAGUAUGGGUUCUUCGCCCAGGACGGUGGUCACGGCAACUUCACUCCUCUCGGAAGAUACGUCUCAAACGCCUUGGGAUCAAAUUCACGUGUUCGUUUAAUCAUCGAUUCCUACCUGGGAUCAAAUGGCUGUGUCCGUUGAUGAGGAUCGUUACGAUGCCCUGUCACGUGCGAUGUCACCAAGUUGAUAACUUCUCCACGUUACGCGCGCACACGCGGGAAACGAUUUGAUACAGUCGCCGCUAUCACGUUUAUAAUAACAAAUAAAUUUUUAAUGACUUUAAAACGUUGAGAAGUUAAAAAAAAAAGAGUACUAUGAUGGUUAAGUUGUGCGUUCAUCACAAUAUUUAUAUUUACCUAAAACCUGGCACCAAUCUUCCGAAUACAACACUGCUGUGAUCAAUUUAAGGGACUCUAAAAGUCAAUUAAAAAUACAAGUAAGGAUAUAGUACAAACAACGAACUAGAGCGAAGAAAUAUAAGCACUGCUUUAAAGUUUAGUAAGUCAAGCUCCAUAAAUGUAAAAUUAAGAUUCCUGUACAUAAGUCCCCACAGUACUUUUGGUUUACACUUUUCCAGAAAGUUUAUUUGUUUCUUAUGUGACAAUAUAAAGAAUCGCGCGAUUUGAUUCAACUAACGCCUAGUGAUUUAAAGACCAUCUUGGUAGUUACAUUAGUUUGUGUAAAAAAGUUACAUGUGUCGACAUACGAGGAUCGUGUGAUAAAAGCUAGUUAUUAACAGGACGUUCAGGGCCAGAGAGGGUCCGAGAGGAUCAUUGUGUGGACCUUCACAAAACCUAAUAGGACCGCUACUACUCAGGCUUCAGGCUGGCGGUCGCGGUCUACGAGCGGCAAGGACCGCACCACUGCGUCUUUCCUUCCAUGAAUGUGAAACAGCCGGCCCUCGGGGUCACCCCGGCCCCACUUACUCACCACGGGGGCAGGCACUCCCCCAACAGGCAUUGGGGGCCGGCGCCCGACAGAAUGAGAUGCAUGCCUUCUCCAUCGGGAAACUUCUUCUCCAGCUUAGAUGAUGGCUUCCUGGCCAGGGCCGAAGCCAUGGGAGUUAUGGAUAUUUCAAAGCCAUCGGGAGGUCACCAGUUGAUGAAGCCUGAAGGCCUCUACGGGCACACGCCCGACUUCACUGGACACAAUGGUGGUCCUCCUCGUCAUCAGAUGUCUACGCAUCCCCAUCCACACCACCAUCCCCACCCACACCAGCAUCAUGGGUUUGGACCGUCCGAGUCAAUGUUUGACCAGCUCACAGGCUCGCCUAACGGGCCCCCUGGGAUGCAGCUGGGACCGGUCGGCUCCAUGGCGGAGCACCACAACAACCUCAUGGUGCCCAGUGGGCCCACUUACCCUCAACACCACCAGAUGUAUCCGCCUAUGUACUCACACCCGUCAUCAGUGGUCAACACACACCCUGGGCUGCAACCGCACCCGGGGAGCAUGCACCACCAGGGCGUCCAUGAGUCCGACUGCGACCCCCGCGAGCUGGAGAUGUUCGCGGAGCGGUUCAAGCAGAGACGAAUUAAGCUUGGAGUAACCCAAGCCGACGUCGGCGCCGCACUGGCUAACCUCAAGAUCCCCGGAGUGGGCUGCCUCAGCCAAAGCACGAUCUGCAGAUUUGAGUCUCUCACUCUGAGCCACAAUAACAUGAUCGCUUUGAAACCAAUCCUGCAGACUUGGCUCGAGGACGCCGAGAAGCAAGCGAGGGAGAGGAAGGCGGAACUUGAGAACGGCCUCAACGGGGACAAAAAGAGAAAGAGGACCUCUAUUGCAGCUCCGGAGAAGCGAUCCCUGGAAGCUUACUUUGCAGUUCAACCACGACCUUCCGGGGAGAAGAUCGCGCAGAUAGCGGAGAAGCUUGACUUAAAGAAAAACGUUGUCCGCGUUUGGUUCUGCAAUCAGCGACAGAAGCAGAAACGCAUGAAGUUUUCAGCAAUAGCUGCAGGCAUGACCAUGGGACAUCAUUGACAGCAUCACCUUGACCUGUGACCUAUGUAUAUACACAUGGAUUAAAAAAACAUUCUUAGAAACAGUUCCAGACGUGUGAAAUUGGUUCUGCAAUCAGCGACAGAAGCAGAAACGCAUGAAGUUUUCAUUAAUAGCUGCAGGCAUGACCAUGGGACAUCAUUGACAACAUCACCUUGACCUGUGACCUAUGUAUAUACACAUGGAUUAAAAAACAUUCGUAGAAACAGUUCCAGACGUGUGAAAUUCGAAAGGAAAAAAAAAAUUAAAGAAAGAAAAAAAAAAAGAGGGAAAUUCCCAGCAAGGGAAGUAAUUCACCUGUUUGCAAUCGUCUGCUCUGUGUUAUCACUAGUCAGAACGAGGAGAACUUUAGUGAAGGACAAGGAUGAUGAUCGAUUGGAGAAAGCCAGAGAUCGAAUCAAAAUUUGAGAUAGCCACGUAAAUUUAGGAGCCGGGCAAGAUAAUCCCUCUAAAAAGUCAAGUCAAUAUGACUUAAAGAGCUCAGCCAGCAGACAAGAUUGACUUAUCGUUUCCCCGAUAAGGCAAUGACGUCACAACCACUAAUCCCCCUCCCCUCCACACACACACACACCAUCAUAAAUUCAUUCCUUAAACGCGAUAACAUUUUUCAAACAUUUUGUUUUUUCUUUAAAGACUAACAUUGGCCUAAAUAUUUCAGGGUUAAUGUUGCCACGGCAAUAGUCACGAAUCACAAGAGCGACUUACCCGGAAAUGUGUACAGUGUUCUUAAACUUUGCGAUGAGCAGAAGUGGAGAGCUCCAUGUGAUGCGGGAUCUUGUUUUUUAGAGUGUCACACAAUACAUUGUUAGAGACAGGGUGUGCGGUUUAAAAAAAAAAAUUCAACUAACGCCAUAAUACUCUACAUUUUCGAACUGUACGAAUUUCCAUGGGGCUUGGUGGCUUAGGGGUAAGCUUUUGACUUCCAAACCUAAGCUUGCCAAGUUUGAAUCCCAGCGAUGACUGAGAUCCUGGAUAUCAGGAUUUUUUAGGACGCCCCUGAGUCCACCCAGCUCUAAGUCAAUGUCUUCGCCUCUGCAACUCGAGGCUCAACAUUUAAAAACAAAAUGAGAUUACUGUGUAAAUAUAUUCAUAUUUCUGCCCCCAUGUUUUUAUCUUCAUUUAGAUAAAUAAUUAUAGGAUGUAUAUACCAAGUCUAGGGCACAGUACACAAGAUGUAAGACUUUAGGAUGCUAACCAUAUGAUUAUUUUGUACCUGAAAUGAAUGGUAAUCUGUGUUUGAAAGAAUGUAAAGUACUUUCUUUCUUUACAACCUACUUAGAGCACAGCAAUGUAAAUAGCACUGAUAAGAAUAGUAUCACUGGUUUUGCACAUUGAUGUAAAUAACACUUCAACUGAUUGAGAGGUUGAUUUUGCACUGGAAUGCACACAGUUCGAUAAAUGGAUGCAUUGAAUACAAAUACUCAAGACUCUAUAACAUCUGUAACCUAAUAUAACAUAGUCAAGUUGAUUUGUAAUCACAGAUAAGAAAAAGGACUGCUCAAAGAAUCAACUCAGAUCACUGGCCCCAAGACUCGUGGAUCGGAGAACCACUGCGCAUCAGAUAUAGAAGUUCUCCACUAGGUGGAUUUACAAUAAAAAAGCUUAUGCAGAAGAACACUAAAUAAAAUACCAAUUAUCCCAAAACGGGUCAACAUGUUCGUGCAUUCAAGUUUGAACUGAAUGAUUUCAAUUCGAUGUUAGUAAAUUAGUAUAGCGUGCUUAGUAUUAAUUGAGAUGUACCAAUCCGUUGAAAUAACAAGGUGUGAUAUUGCUCAUGUACAUAGAGGUAAAGACAGUAUAAUGCUGUACGCAACAUGUACACAAAUUGAAAGGUCUAAAAAAAUUAUGGUGUUUACACACACACACACCGAUAACAUUUAUAAACUGACUCACACAAUCACGAUUAUAAACACGCACACACAUUACAUGGACAGUAUCAGUAACUUUGCGUUUUUAACCGUCGUUGACUUGUGGCACCAAACUGCUGGUAGACAACUGAACCGCUGUAGACGUAAUAUCUUUCAACUUGCAAAACUUCCUUGUGUACAAGACUAAAUAGAACUUUUAGUCAAGUUGAUAUGAGAUAAAAUAAAUGUACUAGAUUUUAAUAAUAAUAUUUAAAAAAAUCAAAAAACAACUCACAACAAUAACAUAGUAAUAGUGACAACUGACCUCGCAAAUAUGGUCGAGGCCCCAGAAUCCCUUAGAAGAUUCUCGUAACCUGUCAGAGGGCAGUACAGCUGCUGACCUGCCACAUCACCAGAGGGUUCCUCAGUGGACACUGUUAGGAGGACUACAAUGAAUUUUGUUUCCCUCUAAUGAAGCUCGACCCUGGCAGCGUCAUAGAAUGAUAAUUAGGUCAUUUCCAUAAUAUUGAUAAUAGCAGCACGUAGUUACAGGUGCUUUUAAUUUUACGUUUAAUUUUAAUGACCUUUGUAUGCACUGACCAGUGGUCAUCUUCAAUGUAUAAAAUAUUUAGUAAGGAAUUGUAAAAAUGUGACUACGAUGUACAUGACACAGUAUGGACUUCUGGUUUUACAAGUGCGUUUGUGUUGACGCAUAUGUAAGUGUGUGUAUUUUUAACACACUGCUGUGUAUUUGAAAUAUAUAUAUAUACGUAUGUGCUGACAGACGUAUAAUUUUGUGCUAUUUUUAUUCGUUAUAAAGAUGUACUUAAAUUGGUGUAUCCCUUGUUCAAUAUCCUGGUUACAUUGAAAUAAUUAUUAGAAAUAUUUUUUGUUAAAAUUUUUAUUUCAUAACCGCACCUUUAUUUAACUUGUCCCCUGUCCACGAGAGAUAACUCUAGUGUCUUUAGCAUUAAAUAGGCCUACUCGUGUAUUAAAGACGAUACUUGGGAGUUGUUACGUGUAUGUUUCCAUGGAUACUAUAGCGGAAGUCAUUUCUAUGAGACUACUAACGAAGAAAAUGAGCUAAAUCUAGAAUACAGGUAUUACUGAAGGGAAGUAAGCAUCUAGUUUUUUUCUGAAAUUGUAUAUUUUAUGUUUUUGCAUUGGUUUUGGUAAUUAAUUUAUCUUGUUAUUCUUAUAAAUUAAAUCUAAUAACCAUUUAGUCAAUAUCAUUCUGAAAAUUCUUGUCUUGGUGAAAAAGAACUACUCUUUUUUAAAAUAAAAAAAAAUUAAUUUACAAAGUGGAAAUCAUAAUAGAAGAGAAAUCACGACGUACUUUAUUUAAUUAACACACGUUACCCGACAGCACAGUACAUCCCACACACAACAAAUAGACAACAUAAACUGAUAACUGCACUGAUAUGUAUAGAUAUUAACCAUAAGCUAUAGAAAUUUCUUGUGCCGGAAAUGAAUGAUCCUCCUAAGUUAUUUAACCAUAGUGUGUAGAGCUCAUAGCUACCAGAGGCUAU